CGAUAGCUGCUUUGGCUUUCCCCUUCUUCUGAAGAGAACCAAGGGGUUAUUUGGAGGGAGGAGUCCAGAACAACACGCGGUUCUGUAGUAGCAGCUAGCUGUAUCAAAUCAUGACCGUGGAAGGAUUUCCAGUGUAUUACAGCGUGUGCAACUGUACCAGCGUAUGCUAGUUCCUGAUCAAUUACGGGUAGUUUAAGACGACUUUUCGUUAUUUAGUUUUAGUCCCGUCAGGUGAUUGUCCUUGGCCGUCUUGCUUUCGCUUUUUCUUUGAUUUUUUUUUUUCCUUCCCCCCCAUUAAUAGCAGCCAAAGAAGGGCUAGUAAUCAACCACCGUUUCUUUUUCUGUUUCCAUUGGCGUAUCCUUCACUUGGCGGCAGUGUUGCGACUGCGAGAUUGUCUCGUAUAAUUAGCUGGCUUGCUAGCGACGCUGCCACAUACCAGCAGAAGCACUCCGAUAGGUACGACCGUGGGCCGAUGUGACUGUCAGUUAGCGAGCAACUAGCUAGCGAGUCACUACAAAAAAAACCACAACAUUUUCACCGUUACAGCUCUCUGGGACUUUUGGCCUUCACAACAAUGAGAUCGAAGAGGAAUUGAAGGAAUAAAAUUGUUUACGACAACGGACACAAGAGUGAGCGGAAUCCUGACCAUGGAAUUUCAGAGCUGCUGAAGAGAGCGGGAAAAAAAAACCGAAACAAGUCGAGCGGGACUGGAAGGAAGGAAGGGAGGAAGGAAGGAAUAAAUAAAUAAAAAAUAAAAAGAAGGCGGGCGAAGACUUGCGGAGGAGUGCGGUUGCGUGCGGGCGAUCGAGCGAGGGAUCGUGGAGGAGAGGAGCGUCUGAGCGGAGGAGAGCGGGGUGCAUGAGGCCCUCUCCAGCGGGAGAGAGCGAAGCGUAGGCGAGCAUGCUCAUUGGACGGAGAGCGGGCGAGUGGGCGGGGCCGGGCGCCCUGUUGCCGGGCAGGACUGCCCUCCCGGCGCUGCUGUUGGCCCUGCUGGUCGCCGUGGCGCAGGGCGGCUGGCCCCGGGGCCAGGUGGAGGUGCUGGGGGAGCUGGAGGCCUCCAUGAGCUCCUCGCUGCUCGGCGACUGGCAGGAAGCGGUCGCCGCCGUCGCCACGGCGACCCCGCCCGCCGACGGCGGCGUCCCAGAGUCCUCGGCGGUGGUGGGGCGCGUGUUCCAGAUGAAGGUGCCCGUGAAGGGCCGGCGGCCCGGCGGCGUGGUGAAGAUCACCGAGGCGGGUAAGGAUGUUUUGCCAUCAUGGCUGCACUGGGACCUGGACAGCCUUACCCUGCAGGGCAUUCCUCUGGAGGCCGACAAGGGUGUCCACUACAUCUCCGUGUCCCCGGCUGAGUCCAACGCCACAGGGAGCCCGCCCUCCCCUGGCCCCGAGGUGUUCUCCAUAGAGGUGCACCCGGAGGAGCACGCGGACUCCGACCCCAUGCAGGUCGCCCUCCAGUCCUCCAGCAAUGAGGUCCCGCCCUUCAUCUGCGGCAACGAGGAGGCGGUCACGGUCCUCACGGUCAUCCUGGACGCGGACCUGACCAAGAUGAGCGCCGGGCAACGCGUGGAGCUCCUCACCAGGAUGAAGAAGUUCUCGGGCGUGGGCCUGCAGCACAUGAAGAUCCUGCCGGUGGUGAACAACCGGCUCUUCGACAUGUCGGCGUUCAUGGCCGGCCCGGGCAACGCCAAGAAGGUGGUGGAGAACGGCGCGCUGCUGUCGUGGAAGCUGGGGUGCGCCCUGGACCAGAGCAGCGUGCCCGACAUCAGCAGCGUUCAGGCGCCCGCCAAGGAGGGCACCAUGUCCGCCCAGCUGGGCUUCCCCGUGGUGGGCUGGCACAUCGCCAACAAGAAGCCGCACGUCGCCAAACGCGUUCGGCGGCAGCUGAACAACACCCCGACCCCCGUGCCCUCCGUGCUGCCGCCCACCACCUACCCCGAGCCCCCGGUGCGCAUCGUGCCCACGCCCACGUCCCCGUCCAUCGCGCCCCCCACCGAAAGCUCCGCCCCGCCCGUGCGCGGCCCCGUGCCGCUGCCGGUGAAGCCCACCAUCCGGACGAGAGACUCCAUCGCCCAAACGCCCACCCUGGGGCCUCCCCUGCCCACCAGGGUCAUGGACACCACCAGCACCGUCGCCAUCCAGGCCACCGUCACCAGGCCGGUGUACGUGGAGGCCACGGCGACCCCCACCCCUGCCACCACCACCCGAAGGCCCAAGACCUCCACCUCCACCAAGAAGCCCAGGAAGCCCAAGACUUCCACCCCGGCACCCAGGGACACCAGGACCACCGCCCGGCCGGCCAAGCACACCACCCCGUCGCCUGCGCUGCCUAUCCCCGGCAAUCAUCCCCCGGUCCUGCGCAACCCCAUCGACAAGGUCAACACCUUCAUCGGCACCUACUUCGAGGUGAAGAUACCUGCCGACACCUUCUUCGACGAGGAGGACGGCACCACGGACAAGCUGCGGCUGACCCUGCGGAAGAACCACCGGGAGGUGGCUGUGGAGGGCUCCUGGAUCCAGUUCAACAGCACCAGCCAGCUGCUGUACGGCAUGCCGGACCGGGCGCAGGAGGGCCUGCACGAGUACUUCAUGCAGGCCACCGACAAGGGCGGUCUGAGCGACACGGACGCCUUCGAGGUCCGGGUCAACCGCUGGCCCACCAACCACAAGCCCCCGGUCCUGUUCAGCGUGCGCUUCCAGGGGGAGCCGCGCACGGUCACCAACGACAUCCACAAGAAGAUCCAGCUGGUGAAGGACCUGGCGCUCUCGCUGGGAGACCGCAACAGCAGCACGGUCACCCUGAGGAACAUCACCAAGGGCUCCAUCGUGGUGACGUGGACCAACAACUCCCUGCAGCAGGACCCGUGUCCCCGAGAGCAGAUCCAGGCGAUGAGUGACAAGAUAUCGGGUCCCGACGGCCGGCCUUCCAAAGAAUUCACGGAGUACAUGGAGCCUAACUUUAAGCCCAUCAAUAUCAGCAUCACGGGCACGGGCAGCUGCAGCAGGUACGUGUUCGUGCCCCCGGCGGAGAUCGACGAGGAAGCCCCCCCCGCGGUCACGCCCGCUCUGGGCACCGGGCGGCAGAGCUCGGACGACGUGUACCUGCACACUGUCAUCCCCGCCGUGGUGGUGGCGGCCAUCCUGCUGAUCGCCGGCAUCAUCGCCAUGAUCUGCUACCGCAAGAAGCGCAAGGGCAAGCUGACCAUCGAGGACCAGGCCACCUUCAUCAAGAAGGGCGUGCCCAUCAUCUUCGCCGACGAGCUGGACGACUCCAAGCCCCCGCCCUCCUCCAGCAUGCCUUUGAUCCUGCAGGAGGAGAAGCCCCCGCUGCCCCCGCCGGAGUACCCCAACAUGGCCAGCCCCGAGACCACGCCCCUCAACCAGGACCUUUUGGGAGAAUACACGGCCCUGCGGGACGAGGACCCCAACGCGCCCCCUUACCAGCCCCCGCCACCCUUCACCACCCCCAUGGAGGGCAAGGGCUCUCGCCCAAAGAACAUGACCCCCUACAGAUCCCCGCCACCUUACGUGCCCCCCUAAUGUUCACCCUCGCCUCCGGCCGGGGAGGAGAAAGGGACGUCUUGGGUUCCACGCCAGUGUUGUCUGUCUGGGGGAAUGAGGGGGUUUGGGAAACGGGGGCAGGGGGAAGGAUUCUACGGCAUGGAGUG